AUGAGGGAUGAUUACGUCUGGUGCUAUUCUGCAGAGGGAUUUCACAAAGUCUACUACCGCCAGUGGGGAGAAAGCAAUGGAAAUAAUGUCAUCGUAUGUUGUCACGGUGUUAUGCGGAAUUUACAUGAUUUCGACUAUAUUGGAAAGACACUAGCAGAUCAAGGCUACUGUGCCGUUUGUCCUGAUGUUGUUGGACGAGGCGAAAGCGAUCAUUUUCGAGAUGCUAAAAAUUAUUCUUAUUAUCAGUACAUCCUAGAUAUUACUGCAAUUGUUGCCAAGGUCGGAGCUAAGACAGUAGAUUGGCUGGGUACCUCAAUGGGUGGAUUGAUGGGGAUGAUGAUUGCUUCACAACCAAAUACGAUCAUUCGCCGCCUGAUAAUGAAUGACAUCGGUCCAAUCGUGUUACUAGCUGCCUUGAAACGGAUCCAGGCUUAUGCAGGUAAAGAAGCAUAUUUUAAUAAUUUCGACGAAGCUUGCCAGGCGAUGCGUAAGAACUACGCACCUUUUGGAAUAAAGAACGAUGAGCACUGGAUGCAUAUUUUCAAGCAUACCGUUAAACAGCUACAAGAUGGUCGAUGGACCAUCAAAGCGGAUUCUCGUUGUAUGACGCAAGGUCUUGAUCCUAGCCAUCAGGAAAGCGAUGCACUACCAGAUAUUGAUGAAGAUGGAAAUAUUAUUUUUUGGAAAUAUUGGGAAAAAAUUUCUUGCCCAGUUUUACUGACCCAUGGUGCAAACUCUGAUUUGGUAACAGCUGAAGUUGUUAAAACAAUGAAGCAGUAUCCCAUACAGCUAGAGUCCUAUUCAUUUCAAGAUGUAGGUCAUGCCCCAGCAUUAAUGGAGCCUGAUCAGAUCAGUAUAAUUACUGCUUGGCUUAAGAAAACAACUUUAUAG